GGUGGCGGUGCUGGUCCUGGUACAGGUGCUGGAGCUGGAGGCGGUGGUGGCCCUGGUGCGGGAGGUGGUGGCGGUGUGUCCGCCGGAGGAACAAAAACUCAGGAAGUCAUCUCGAGGAUCCACGACGAGGAGGAGGACAUUACGGAAAGAGAGGACGAGGAGGAGGACGAGGAUCCUUGCUCGUCACCAGAACCGGAUCUCGAACAGGAUCCCGAACCAAUGGAGGUCCAGGCCUCGGCGGUCUCCGCGGCCGCUGCCAAUCUUCACGCACUGCGACAGCACGUCUUCAAGAUGUCAGACUAUUGGCAGCAGCCGCAACGUGGACCGCCUCAACAUUCGCCGGGAAUGCAGCAGCAUAGCCCCAUACAAAGUAGUGCUCAACAACAGUCGAUGCACAGUCCGCUUGGACAGCAACAACAACAGCAGCAGAACGGCGGGCAGAUACAACAGAGCGCACAGUCGACUUUGGGUCAGAGUAAUGCCGCUCAGAUGCAACAACAGCAGCAGCAGCAGCAGCAGCACGGCCUGUCGAUGACUCAACAACAACAGAACACUCAGGGGUCCCAGCAACAUCAGUCUUCCCCAGCGCCUACGACACCAUCGCCCCAGGGCGCUGACAUCGGCACGAGUAUGGCACAAAAUCUUCACAAUCUCACCCAGGCUCAAAGUAUGUCCCAGACACCGAGCCCAACCCUAACCGUUCAAGCGGUACAGGCAGCGCAGGCCCUGAAUCAAAACCUGGGCCAGGCUCUGUCGCAGGCCCUCACGCAGAACAUGCAGCAGAACCUAGGACAAACGCUACAGCACAAUCUAGCUCAAAGCUUAACACCAAGUCUUUCGCCACAACAACAACAACAGUUGCUGAAUCAACCGCAGAACCUGAGUCAGGCCGGACAGACUCUUCAACAAAAUCUCCAAAGCCAAGCACAGAAUCUGUCGCAGACCCUUCAGCAGCAGGCGCAAAAUCUGUCCCAAAACCUGAGCCAGACUUUGAGUCAACAAACACUCCAACAACAGGCACAGAACCUGACUCAGAAUCUUCAACAGCAGGCCCAAAACCUGACGCAAAAUCUUCAGCAACAGGCGCUCAACAUGACUGGUUCCAUCGGUCAAAAUGGCGCCUUGGCCGGUAUGAACGUCUCUGCGUCCCAGCAGCAGAACUCGCAGAACUCGAUGCUGAGUCCAGGUGCAACCAGUCAGGACUCCCACGAUGCGUCCCUCACGGAGAAGCUCGUGAAUGAGCUCCAGUCGCGAGCUUCUGCAGGGAGUCUUGGCGGUGCAGGAGGUCCUGGUGCAGGUGCGGAAAUGGGCAACAUCAGCGAACGCACCCUCGAAGAAUGCUGGACCACACUGCAGCGAUUCUUCACGCAGAUCUUCAUGCACAAGAGCGCGAUCCAGAUGCACGCGAGGGAGCUGGGCGCCGGGGCGCUGACCGGACGUCCCGGUGGUGGAGUCGCCGGAGGAUUGGCAGGCCUGGGGGUCGGCGUCGGGGUCGGCGUCGGUCCUGGCGGUAUGAUAUCCGGGAACGAAAUCAAGCCACACCAGUGCCAGCAAUGCCUCAAGUCCUUCUCCAGCAAUCAUCAGCUGGUUCAGCAUAUCAGGGUCCAUACCGGCGAGAAGCCUUACAAGUGCAGUUACUGCGACAGGAGGUUCAAGCAGCUCAGCCAUGUUCAGCAACACACCAGGCUACAUACGGGAGGAUUCGUGCUGGACAACCGUGCUUCCUGCUUGGCCAGCCAACAGACUCGCACAUGCGAAAGACCGUACAAGUGCCAUCUUCCGGAUUGCGGGCGAGCCUUUAUCCAGCUGUCGAAUCUUCAGCAGCAUUUACGUAACCACGACGCGCAGGUGGAAAGGGCGAAAAAUCGACCAUUUCACUGUAGCAUAUGUGGCAAAGGCUUCGCCACGGAAUCCAGUCUGCGGACGCACACGUCGAAGGUCAGUCAUGAGAUGCAACAGCGUGUUGUGUUCCAGCAACACGCCGCCCUGAUCGGCGGUCCCAACGCAACCAGCUGUCCUGUCUGCCACAAGCUCUUCCUCGGCGGCGAAGCUCUUAUGGAGCACAUGAAGCACACCCACAAGGAUCCCAAUGCCUCGGGCGUUGCCAUUCCUCCCGCUGACUGCACAACCUCCGUUGCCGGGGUUUACCUAGCGAAACGACGAACAGCCAACCACCCGUGCCCCGUGUGCGGAAAGCAUUACGUGAACGAGGGUAGCCUCAGGAAGCACUUGGCCUGCCAUCCUGAGACGAAUCAACUAAGUACCAGCCUCAGAAUGUGGCCAUGUUCUGUAUGUCAGGCAGUUUUCACUCAUGAGAAUGGUCUCCUGAGUCAUAUGGAACACAUGAGGAUGGACCCGAAACAUCAGUUCGCAGCUCAAUACGUACUAAGUCGUGCGGCCGCAGAAAGACGUCACGCAGCCAGCUCCGGAUUAGGAGCGGGCCUGGGCGGAUUGGGAGGCCAAUCAGGCGGGCCGCAGAAUUUGCAGCAGCCACCGAUGUGCCCGUCGCCUUCUGCGCAGUCGGACAGCAGUAGCGGUAACGGAAGAUUGUCGUCAGCUGGUAGCGAACCUGGAAACGGCACAGGGUUCCCAAAGGCUUCUUCUACAGACUACCUUGAUCAUACUAAAGCGGACGUUCUGACGAGAGCAGAUUUUUGCGCAGGCGCGGGGCUACUGAACAACAACAAUAACAAUAAUAACAACAAUAUGGCCUCGCCCGGGCCAAGUGGCAACAAGCUCAGCGAGAUGCUGCGCGCCGGCAGCCAACCAGCUUCCGCGCAACAGUAUCACGAGGAGAUGCAACAACAAAGAAUGGCUGUGAUGGCCGCUGCCGUUUCCGCCGGAUUGCAAAACUCGGUGUCGCCGAACUUGUCGCCGGUGGACGUGGCUUCCUUGGCGGCAGCGAUGCGCAUGGGUAACAACGGGGACAUGAGCAGUGGUGCUCAAGGAUCGACAGGACCUCAGCAGCAAGGAGUCCAGGCGUCUGGACAGGAGCAGGCACUCAGAAUGCACCAGGCGGAAGCGCUGUUGCGUUCUCAGGCGGAAGCGGCACUAAGACUAGCGGUAUCGCAGGCGGCAGCAGCCGCGGCGAGUUCCGCAGUGGGUGGCGACAUGCGACACCACCUUGGGCAGCAUAACGGUGGAGGAACGUCAGGAAUGCCGGGACACCAUUCGAACCAGCAACUGUCCCAGUCGGACACGUUAUCUCCAGACCUAGCAGGAGAGGCGUUACGUCUUCAGGAGCAGCGACUCGAGCAGGCCUUAAGGCUUCAUGGAGAUCCUCGCGCACUGGGUUUCACCCUCCAGCACGUGGUCAAUCAGCAGAACAAUCAGCAACCAUGAAAGUUCAGUUACUACUGAGACGAGUGGACCCCUUGGGCACCGGAGACUGUGCCGUCCCUGCCGUCGUCGACGUUACAGUCUGCGACGUUGCAGUCGACGGCGCAUCGUGACGUCACGGAGACCAGUACGAGUUCCGUGUGUCAAUCAGGUGUUACCUCGACGCGCGAGCAUCAUACCGACGAUCGUGGCAUCAAGCGCAAGGCAGAUCAGAUGUCUGGCGAUCUGAACGACGCGUAGAGAUCGGAGCUCGAGGUACCGGAAGGGCUUUAAGACGAAAGAAGAUUACGAAGAGGAGCGUCUUCCGUGCCCGUGAAAAUAAUUAAAGCAAAAGGGGGUCAUUAUCGAAAUCACUCAGUGUCUCAGCAGUACGACGAAGCAUUUGAAGUAAACAAAGUAAGCGAGAAGAGGAUAUUCGUGCAAGAGGAACGGGAUGAAUAAUACUCCUCGAAUCUAUCGCCCCGUCGUGCCGUCGUGGAUAACAAAAAGCCGCGACAUGCCAGUUCGCAACGGACGAUUAUAAUCGCGCGAAGUGACAGGACUGGUGAUCGUCGGUCGCGCUACAAAAAGGGAACACUUUAAUCCUUAAUGAUAGUGCGCGCCCUUCGAUCGCCGGGAUUAACGGUAGCAUGGAUCCGCGGCAUCGCGAGCGCCGCCAAGUGUCAGAUCCGCGAAACGUUAUGAGGACGGGGUGAGUCGUUUGCGCAGCCCGAGGCGUCGUAAACGUCGUUACGGUGACAAGAUAUUUCGACGCUUCCCGACGACGCGCAAACGACGUCUCGGGCCCGAAACGUGCCAUAAAUAAGUAAGAAGACGAAGAAGCUGCUGCUAGAGCGGAUGCGGAUAUCGCAAUUGUUUUGCUAUAAGCCGCGUUCCUCGUCCUCCACACUCCCCCCACCACACACACACCGCCAACACCUUAAAAUCCCUUAACCUCAUUCCCAUGAACCGCAUAAUCAAGGUACUAUGCUGCUAGUACAAGAGCCAAUAGUCGAACGGUACAGACGCGGACGUAACGUUCAUCCUUCGGCCGAUUUCGGGCUCAACAAACUAAGCCACACUUAAGGUUCCCUUAAUCUUACGUCCCCCCGUUAACGUUUAAUUCGCGACUCGCGCGCCACGCGCGGGCGCCCUGAGAACUAUUACACAUUUCGAAACCUACACUUAUCACAUAAAGCGUAUACGUAUCCGGAUAUACGUAAAACGACGGAGAUGAAUUCGGCGAUUUUACGAUAUGGAGAAAGAGCAACGGGUGGAUAAGAGAUGAUGAUAUAUAAAUAGACAUACUGCAUGUGCACACAUACGACACGUAUACAUAUACAUACAUACAGAGAGAGAGACACGCGCGCAACUGUGCUCAUCGUAGCACGAAAACUAUUAGCUCGUAAGUAAACAAACAAAAUAUAAUUAUUACAAACAGUUAUAUAUAUAUUAUAUAUAUACAUACAAAAUAUGGGAGAAUGCGCGCUAGAGCGAGGAGAAGCGUGAGUGGGAGUGAGAGGUGGCACACGCGCACGCGCGUCAGAGAGAGAAAGGACUGGAGUCGUGCGUGUGUGCGUGCGUGUACGUGUGACCGGGCGAAAGACAAAGAUGCGCGAAUGGGAGAGCGACUGUGAAUGAGAGAGAAAUGUAAAGUUAGUAAGAGCGAGAGGAGAGAUAAAACUAAAAUACUAAAAUAUUAUAUAUAUUAUAUAUAAAUAUUAUAAAUAAUGAAUAUAGGGUCUAUGAAACUAGGGUAGUUAGAUGAAAAAAAAAAGAACAAGGAGAGAUGAAGGAAGGUAAUGCGCGAGCGCGCAUGCGCACCGGAAUAUCGCAGGUAGAGAAAAGAGAUGAAAAAUGUGUGUCUGCGAGAGAGAUAGGAAGUUGGAGUGAGAGGCAGAAGAACGAUGAGAGCGGGCGAGAGAGAGAGAGAGAGAGAGAGAGAGAGAGAGAGAGAGAGAGAGCGAGUGAGACUACGAUUCUGAACGAGCGACUGUGCGUGUGUUUCAGGAUAAAGACAGCAAGAGAGCGAGAGGGAUAGUAUGUUAUGUAUGCUGCUUGAAAGAGCGAGUGAAAGAGAGAGAAAGAGUGAGGAAAAAAGUAACGGAGAGAAAGACUUGAAAAGAUUUUUUUCUCUUUCGAUUAGGACAAACUUCAGAUAUAUCAGUAUGAUUACGUGUGGAUUAGAGUGAACCGUGGUAAUCCGAGGCUCUGCGAUUCUUGAAUACGAAAUCUGUCGUUCUUAUUGGUCGAUUAACGCGUAAUGUUACAUACCCGUUUCGUAGUCAGUAACGUGCCAUUAUAAAAGAGAGAACGACGUAAACGAGAAACAAGAAGACAAUAGCGACAAGGCACAAUAAAAGAGGGAACGAAUGUCAUUCUCGGGCGAAUUCGUUUGUGCAAUGCGAAAACCUUUUUUUUUAUAUUUGACAAAGUGCGAGUGCAUUUAUCGAAGGCUUUUCGAUUUCCGGGAUUGCUCACAAUGAGCAGGAAAUUAUCGUAGGGAGAGUACGAGGGCAGAAGUUAUUACAGAAUGUCAGUGUAUUUAAAUUCAAUGUGGAAAAAUAUGACGCGUCUAAGCUCUUUCUCUUCGUAUCAAUAAUCGCGGGACCGAGGAGCAUCGUGUGAAUGUUGUAUUCAGAAUGUAAAAGUUAUUCAAUCAAGGACAAUCGUGAUUAUCGAUCAUCGCGGGAUCUAUCGUAUUCCCCCCCAUCAUAUCAUACCUUCACCCCACUUGCUACUCAUUAUUUCAUUUUUUUUUUUCGUCACUGGCGCCAACUAGUGGCCAACGCACGAAACUUCCAGCCUAUUGAAAUAAUGCGGCGUUACUUCUUGAAAUGUGUGCAAUUUUUGCUAUCGGAUAGACAAUUUUACGUAGUCAUUUCAUGUAUCAAUCGUGAUUAAGUGUAGCUAAGGGAAUUCAUCGUGGAAGCUACGUUUUAUAGUGUCGUAAAAAAUUGUAAAUCACGGAGAAAAUGAAAAUGAUGAAAAACGGUUAGAAAAGAUUUCUUGUCUGCAAUACUCUAGAAUUAUUUUGUAUUGUCAAUUUUUCAGUGAAAUAUGUAAAUAACUGAUAUUGGACACGGUGUUUGGUUUCUCUUAUUCCAAACGAAAACAAAAAUUAUGGUUAAUACUGAUGCGAGACCAAAAAGAUACUGCAUUAGUCGUUUGCGAAAAGUCUCUUGGUUCGUAUUUUCUGCAAGACACUUCCGUAUUAAAAAAAAAAAAAGCAUUCGCGAAAACAACGCACACGGCAUUGCGAUGAAUCGUAUAGCUAUAACGUAUAGAGCACGGUAAAGAAUAUGAAUAAUUAAAAAAAAUCUUGUCUCCGUUAAGGGAAAAACAAAGAACCACAACGUAUAAACUGACAUCCGCUAUCAGGCUUAGGGACCAAAAAACCGCACUUCCGGUUACGUUGUGGUAUUCCGUUUCUGUCGCUCACACCCAAGAGAUCGCCCGGAUAGCUCUUGGUAUCUUAGUUGCACUUUUUUUUUUCAAUUUCACUACUUACUCAAAAUCUGUCAAAAUUUCAACUGACAAGUACGCGAAUUCUUCGGGGAGACGCGAGAGAGCCGCGGUGUUCACGAAACACCUGCCCAAGCUAUUACACUGCACGAUUCGACUUAUGAAAAUAUGAUGCUGAAUUGUCUCACAAAUUAAAGGAGUGGGAGUGAUAGAGUGAGAGAGAGGGACAGAUAGAAAAAGAAAAGAAGUUAAAAAAAGUGCGAGAGAAUGCAAUAGGAAAAACGAUAUAGGUCAGACAAAAGCAAUUUUUCAAAAUACGUGUACAUGAUUGAACGUAAGAGUGAACGAAAGAGAGAGACUGUGCGUGUGAAUGUGAUAGAGUGGAUGAAGGAGGGACAGAGUUAACGAGAGAAAAGAGAAGAAUGGAUAGAGAGAGAGAGAGAGAGAGAGAGAAAGAGAGAGAGAGUGGGAGUUAAAGGUCAAUUUGAUAGAGAAAGAUUUUUGGAUGUGAAGUUUCGCGAUCCUAGGUAGCGUGAGAUUUGUCUUAUCGAGUGAUGAUGUUAACGGAGCCACGUUGAGUUUUUCGCAAUUUUUGGAUCCUCGGUUUUCUCGGUCCCUAAAAGGAAACUCGAAUUAAAAAAGAAAUGAUACGAUUAAAAGGAAUGAUUAAAUGUGCAAGAACAAUCGCAAGAAGACACGUCAAACUCCUUCGUGACAGCCAUUGAAACAGUCAACAGACAACAUUUUGAACCGAACAGACGGGUCGAUACUUUGGACUGGACCAAAGUGUCUGUCAAUCGAUUAUCUCGGGUCUCCAUUACUUUCCCAGGAUAACCGAUCGGCCGAACAUUUCCGGAAAUAUCCGAAUGAUCGUCCCUCCGUUUCGGGAACGUGUACAAUAUUUAAACUAAACGCAAAUACAAUAGCUCGUAGUGUAUGUUCUGUAAUCGAUGAAAAGAUAAAAAAAAAGAAUGGCGGCCGACAGCGUCACGCCGCGCGCGCGAGUGCGGUGGCGGUCGUAUAAAAAAAGCACAAAAAAAUUUACAAAUAUAUUGAUUUACAUAUGCCCGUAACUCGUAAGGGGGCCCGAUGACGUAGCAAGGCGAAUACGCGCGAUACACGUGAUAAGAAAGCUGUGCGAAAAUAAAUGAAAGGAGAGGGAGGAAAACAAACGAUAGAGAGGAGAAAGCUGGUGGCAAGGAAGUGACGCAAGAAAACGGUCGACACCGAAACGUCCGCCACCGGAUGUUGCCGUAUCACUUCCUGUCCCAGGAACGAAUCGAUGACAAGGGACGCUGCUCGUGUCCUUUGACUAUGACGACUUGAUCGUGAUCGCAUCGCGAUGCUGCUAUAUCGGCCCUGCCCAUAAUUUUAAUCUCUUCAUGUAAAUUGCUAAAUGUUUAUAACUAAAAAAAAUGCCAUAGCCCGGAUGCGCUGGUGCAUACUCCCAGCGCAUACACACUCACAAAUACGACUCGACCUUGAUUAACGUAAACCGUUGAAAUGAUAAUUGAUUGACAACGUCAUGCAACAAUAUUAUAUACAGAUAAUACAGAAAGCACACCAGACCGAAGAUUUUAACGACGCCCAUAAUUACACGCAAGAGAAAAAAAGCCCUGGUUCUCAACCAGGGGCGUGCAACCCCGCGCGCCCCGCGUACACAUUCUCAUACACGGGGAAAAAGUAUCGAUACCUUCGAUACGGACUCCCUGCACGUACUUUAGUACACACCCGUUACACUUACAGAUAUACACACUUGUUACACACGCUACGGAUAUGUAAAGCCAAUUGAUUUUGUAAAUUGCCCAAAAAAGUUUGUCCAAUCACAAAAUUCGAUUAACGAUUAGAUCUCUAUACGGUGAAAGAUUUGGAAGUUUGCCCGGGAAAUUCAAAAGAUGAAAAAUUUAUAUAAAUUUUUGCCGAUAAUAAAUCUGUCAAUCGACCGCAUCGAUAAGGAACAGAGAUUCGAUGGAAUGAUCUAGAGAAGAAAAAAUAAACGAAGGAAAAAUUGAUAAACGAAGAAAUAUAAUAGGACCAUUAGGUUAUCGCGGCCUUUCGUACAUUUUUUGAAUACAGAACCGAUAAAUACUUCAUUAAUCACGAACUAUGUCCAGUAAAAGAAAAAUCCCGGAUUUGACGAUAACAACCCUAUUGGCAGGUGACGUGGUACGAGUGCUUUGCGUCAGUAACGAUAAUUGAUAAUUAAAGGAAAAAAUGAAGGUGAUUGAAGAUUAACGGGAGAGAAAUUAAAGAUACAGAAAUGUCAUGAUAAUGUAGAGGAACGGCUGACGACAGAUGCACCUAUGUGAAACGUACCUUAACGCAAAUUACCUGCCUACAGGAUAUGAAACGCAACGGCAUAACAGGGCCGUUGUUCGAACGAUUUUACAUACAAAAAUAACCUUUGUUUUCUAUCGGGUUUUAAUUUUUUAAUGAAAUAAUCUACAAUGGAUAUAUAUUGUAAUGCGCAGCAUAAUGAACAAUGAAAACCGACAGUCUAGCAGUGCGAGCGCCUCGGCAAGGAGUCGCGUUUUCACGCGGCGACUGCGACCCGAGCCUCCGUAUUUACAAACCGGAAUAAGUUGUUUAAAUGUCCACUAUAUAACGAGAAGCUAUAGUUAUAAGACGGUGGGUCUGCGAGUGUUCGCCAAACGGUUUCGCCGAUUGCGCACGAGACGCGAUGGAGAAUGAAAAAUGCAAAAAGCCAAAAGAUCAAAGGGCAAAAAAGUAGCGGCGAAAAAAAGUCUUAGACGAACACCUGCAAAGAUCUUUGAAGUUGGCGAUCACAAAAAAAAUCAGAUACACGAAAUGAGAAAAUCUUUGGGAAAAUAGCAAAACUUGGAAAAGAAUCAUAAGAAAAAAUGGAUAAAAUUGAAUAAACCUUAAGAAAAGAAAAAAAGAACGAAUCGUAUCGACGCAAGACCCACCGUGUCGCUUGCCGCCGUUUUUCGCGAUUUAGCAAUCGCGGAACGGCCGCCGGCGAGAAAUAAUUUUUCAGAAUAUUCUCCGAAAGUCUCGUUUUUAUUUACAACAGGAAUGUGUUUCUUCACUUACCCCGAAGAAGUGUUAUUCUCCGUAUGCGAGUCCGAGGGUCUGAACCGAGUCCGUAUUGAUGUAAAGGCGAUUCGAAUUGCGCGCCCUUUUUCAUCCAACCAACGCUCGAUGGUUGGAGAUAUUCGAAUUGCAUUGGCCAGUCGUUCACGUUACAGAAAUUCUUAAAGACAAUUAAAACCAAACAAUGCCUGGUAGUCUGACAUGUACAAGAGGCAAGAAAAUAAAUUUGAAUCUUACCCAAAAUCCCGCGCGCCGAUCGCCGCCAUAAUUAUUGCCAAAUGUCGAAGUAAUGUAUAUCCGCAUAGUGGGUGCCUUCGUCAGGGUUUUCCGUUACAGUGACAGAACAAUUCUCCGUAUAUCAUGCAAUUACUAGAGCUAGUAGAAACAGUAAACAGUAACCACAGUAAACAGUUAAUACGUAAGUAUAAUGGAAACGCGCCGUCGUCUUUUCAGUGUUUUGCUCGUACUUGCCGCGAAAGCGCGCGCGGUUUGCAAUGCAUCGGAAAUGCAGAUUUAAUUCAUUCGUAUUAAUUCGUUAGGAUCACUUUGUGAAAAAAUAAAUCAAAUUCAAAAAUCUACUCGGCAGCUGCCAAGUUUCAUGGAAGCAGGUCUCGAGUCAUCGAUCGAAAGUCAUGAAGAAUCAUGAAAUAUUAGGUUAACGUGAAAAUUCGUCGAAAUAUUCUUCCAGGCAAAAAUUCGAAUCCGCGCUGUGCCGCGUCGCGCAUGCGCGUUACGAGUCAGUAUGAUAAUAAAUGUGCUAAGUGUUUGUAGUUUAGCCAACAUACGUUGUAUAUUCGAUAGGAAGACGAUGAUAACAGUGCAGCCGUAUUUAAAUGAUAUUAAUUAACUGUAUCCAUUGUCAAGUUGACUUAAUUAACGUAAUUAACACACACAUAUAUUGUACCGUAUUCGAGUAAGAGCAAUAUUCAAUCGCGGAGGCAUUCACUACGGAUUUUGAGGACACGACUCGGACGCGAAUCGGAGGAUACGUGAUCACGUGACGGGUGUCGCGUCGCGAUAAUAAUUUCAAAGAAAUUGAUUGAUUGACAGACGAUCGCAGCGGAUGGAUAAUCGUACGAGAGCCAAUUAAUCCCCGUAGGCGAUCGAUGAUAAGAAUGUGAGUUAUUAGCGACGGAAUGCGACGCGACGCCCGACCCGUGUUCGUACUCGUAAUUUUAUUUAUUCAAGUGUUUCAAAUGCAGCCUUGAGUUUCUUCACUUAUGGCGUUGCUUUACCACAAUACAACCACCCUUAAAGCCACUCUCAGUAUCCCCCAUGAUUACCAAACACACAACCCCCAUGGUAAACCCCAUCAAGGAAUUCCCAAGUUUACAUACGCGUUGUUCUAGUUCGUUCACAAUUACGUUACGUCACAGGUACGUCGCAGGUACGCGUCGGAUUCGUGCAUUAAGAAUCGAUUUGAAAAGUUGAAAAUAAUCAAAACCAAAAUUUGAAUAUUUAAAGGUACGAAGAGUAUUACGGAUAUUUAUUCCAAUUUUUUAAAAUGUAUUUGUGCUCAAAAAAGAUGUAUGGAUAGUUGAAAAAAAAUACGAAAAAAAAAAUCGUGUUAACUUCCAAAAUCAACGAUUUUCUACAGUCUUCCGAAGUAUGAGAAAAUAAGUGAUGACGUUUAUUGGGUCGUAUAACCCAUACGCUUUAGCUUGAAGUUAUUUACGCUUUUGAAUGGUGGGAUGGAGUUGGUCUCGUUUAACAAAAAAAAAAUGUAGGCGUCACCCAUUAAAGGCGCAGUCGUAGUCGGCGACGGGGCGUACCUGCGCGCGCUUUCGACACUUCGAACGUUAAGUUUCGUAAACUUUGUCAGACUUUUUACGUGCAGUUAGUUACCAGGUUAACGGCGCAGAUGAUUAUUACUAAUUUUUGAAAAUGCGCUUGCCCGUCACGACGACUCACGAAAUUUUUAAUGUUCGGUCACGAUUGUAUACGAAGAUACAGAAAUUUAUGGAAACUGAAGAAUCGGAUAAAAAUAAUAAACAAAAUUGAAUAAAAGAUCUUUUUGCCGAUUCUCAAUGAUGCCUAAUGAUCUCUUGUCGUCGGGCGAGCCAGCGCGAGCUUUAAUGGUAUCAAUUUGCGUUACGUCAAAGUCCCCUUUUGGGCAGAAUUACACUGGCGUAUUUUAAACGGUCCCGUAAGCCCAGCGCAACGUCAACCUUUAAUCGCGCGAAAGUCAUAGUAUGAACGUUAAAUCUCUAUGGGAGAGAGAGAGAUCGAAUGUUUAGCUAAAGAAAAAAAAAAAAAAAAAAAAGAA